CCGCGGCGGUUCCGUGGUUGUUUCCGCCCGAAAGUCGGACCGCGUUAACGGGCGCCGGCGGCGCGAUGGGCCCGUGUCGCGGCGACAGGGCCCAUGCCGAGGUAGCGGCACACCGCGUGUCGCCGCGACAGUGACGCGGCGCACGCCGCCAGGCAGUCUCGCUGUCCGCCUCGCGCCCAUGUGCUGGUGAACAGCCCACGCUGAGUCCGCAGGCCGGCCGCCGCUAUGACGUCACAGUGGAUACUUAUUGCCUUCCUCAGCCUGCUUUUGAGAAAAAGUGAUGUCAAAUGCGGCACUAGCGUGGAAAGACUUGUUAAUGUGACGCAGACCAUCUAUAAACUGCUAGAAGGAUAUGACAUACGUCUUCGUCCCAACUUUGGUGGGGAUCCGCUCUACGUUGGAAUGGACCUGACAAUCGCUAGUUUCGAUUCAAUCUCAGAAGUUAAUAUGGAUUACACUAUCACGAUGUACCUGAACCAGUACUGGAAGGACGAGCGCUUGGCGUUCAGCAAUGGUGACGACAUCCUCACUCUGUCGGGUGACUUCGCCGAGAAGAUCUGGGUGCCAGACACCUAUUUUGAUAAUGAUAAAAACAGUUUUCUUCACGAUGUGACGGAGAAGAACAAGAUGGUGCGCUUGCACGGUGACGGCAGCAUCACCUACGGCAUGCGCUUCACCACUACGCUGGCCUGCAUGAUGGACCUGCGGUACUACCCGCUCGACAGCCAGAACUGCACUGUCGAGAUCGAGAGCUACGGCUACACGGUGAAGGACGUGGUCAUGUACUGGAAGGAGACGCCGGUGGUCGGCGUGGAGGAGGCCAAGCUGCCGCAGUUCACCAUCAUUGGCUACGAGACCAACGACCGCAAGGAGAAGCUGGCCACGGGCAUCUACCAGCGCCUGUCGCUCUCCUUCCGGCUGCAGCGCAACAUCGGCUACUUCGUCUUCCAGACCUACCUGCCCUCAAUCCUGAUCGUCAUGCUUUCCUGGGUCUCCUUCUGGAUCAACCACGAGGCCACCAGCGCGCGCGUGGCGCUUGGCAUCACCACGGUGCUCACCAUGACCACCAUCAGCACGGGCGUACGCUCCUCCCUGCCGCGCAUCUCCUACGUCAAGGCCAUAGACAUCUACCUGGUCAUGUGUUUCGUGUUCGUGUUCGCCGCGCUGCUUGAGUACGCUGCUGUCAACUACACCUACUGGGGCGCGCGCGCCAAGAAGAAGGACAAGCGACGGCGAGAGAACGGCACCGCGCCGGCCGCGCAGGCCGUCAAGGUCGACGGGCUCAGCAACGAGGAGAUCAUCGAGCUGCAGGACAUACGCGUCUCACCCAUCCCGUCCAUCCGCAAUCGACGCACGGGCCGCUACUGCACCGCCGACGGCGCCGACAUGAAGUUUCCGCCGAGCUUCCGCAUGUCGCGGGGGUACGCGACGGGCGGCCGCGGCCGACCGGCGCAGCGGCGGCGCGUGCUCACGACCAUCCGGCGCGGCGCGUCCGUGUUCUCGCGCUCGUUUCCGCGCAUCAAGGACGUCAACAUCAUCGACAAGUACUCGCGCGUCGUCUUUCCCGUAUCGUUUGUGCUGUUCAACACCGUCUACUGGUGCUUCUACGUGCUAUAGCCGGCCGGCGGGCCGACGGGGCGCCGCUGAGGAGGCGCGCGCUCGCUGUGGCGAAGUCAGACCGGUAGAGUGUCGCGGGCCGUUCGGACGUGCGAGAGAGGGUGUGAUAUUUUAAUGGUCGUGUGCUGCGAGUCUCUGGCCAAGCGGAGAACGCCGCCUGGCCAGCUGCUGCCUGCUGCGCGUGACGUCACAGUGGGAGCUUUGAAGCCGUGCUGAGGGAACAGGUCGGCGAGCGUUGGGGGCUCCGAGCUUUGACAAUCCAAGGACCAUGGGGCGGCUUCAAGCUAGAGCGCCGUGUAAGCACGUCACUGUGAGCUAAGCGAGUGUCGCCUGUCGGAUCCUAACAGCAUAGCCAGCAAUUGGACGGGCAUUCAUGGUCGCUGCAGCGGACGCAAACUCUCUGCAGGCGAGAGGGCUUACUGUGGCGACGUGGACGUUCGCCAUUCCGAACACGAGCUUGAGCAGCCUGCUUGCCACUGCAUGAAAUGCGCCCGGGGAGACCACUGCUUGUCGCCCUUCCGCCGCCACCGCGCCUUCAGGGCUGGCCACCGGCCCGGCUCGUGGUCCGGUGCACCCGUCUCCGCGACUCGGGAGCGGCUGGUGCGGGCGGACGCAGGGUGAUCGCUCAGCGCUCACGGCAACUCGCGACAGCCGCACAUUGGCCUCUCAUUGGUCGGUGUGGAUGGUUUGUCGAACAGGGGGUGCCGACACGGCGUUAACGCUGGUACAACGGGGUGCGUGGAUAGCUUGAUCAAAAGUGCAAACGUUGCUUUUGUUAUCGGGAUCGCUGGGCCUCGGACCGGAUCUGAGUGCCGUCGACGGACAGGGGGCUUGCUGGGACGGAGCGCUCCUGGCCGCUUUGGUUGUUUUGUAAUCUACCAAGCGCCUGCGUGUCGUGGCCGGCAGAUUUCGCCGAAUCGGCUCGGUUGUUGCGAGCCCGCACGGCUCGGGUAUAAUCUAGUGCAUUUCAUCUUUGAAAGGCAGAAUGCUUACUGACUUGCAUAGAUAUUGGGGUUCGGUGGCGAGAGAUGGAUAUCUUCCAUGUGAAUCAUGGAGUAUUUGCUCUGUUGUCGUAGCUCCCGUCGUUAGCAGCACAGACGACUUGAGUUCAACCUGGAGCUUGUGUUGUCAUGAUUUGCUCGCUUCAUUUGUACUUGUCACUUGUUCACAUGAUCCCAGUUUGCCUUUCUCAACAUCUUGCUUGUGUUUUUUUUUCGUUGUAGAGAAAUAGAUAUAACUGCCCUGU